AUGGAUGGAUGGCCACCGUCUCUUCUCCUUGACAUCGAGUCUCCGUGAACUGUGGUGCAAUGAGCUGCCCACAGUUGGUAUGAACAGUUCCUGGAGCUGUAGCCUGUGCCCAAAUAAAUACAGAUCGUUUGGCCUCACCUCAGCUUGUGACUGAAAAGACGCACGCACACACUCUUACUAGAAUCUAAAAACAUCCCAUCCAUUUAUCUCCCCCCGCUCUCCUUCUGCUCAUGCAUCUGAGAAGGAGAGAGAAGCUAGUAGUGUGUGCAUGAUUGACUGUAUGUACAUUGACUGCUCAAGCCAUCUAGCAGGUAGUGGAAAGUAGAUAGAGUGAGCACACCACUGUGGAUAUGGAGGAGGCCAACGCCGGCACUGCACAGGGCGACCUCGCCGACGUCGUCGCCCGUGCCAGUGCAAUGGCCGCACUGCCCUCAACGAGUCACCGGCCACCCCCUCCCUCUCCUGCAGCAGAUCACAUAUCGUCUGCUGCAAUGGCUGGCCACAUCAUGAUCCCCUACGAGGAGGACAGGCGGCUUGCUGCUGUGAGCAUCGAUUGUGGCGACGCGGUGAUGUUCCAGGCGCCAUCGACGGUCGAUCCAUACCUGUCGACUGCGAGUGCGACGGCGCCGCGCGGCGAGUACUGGCGGCUGCCGCCGGCGCCGCAGCAGUUGGCGGUCCAGAUCUCCCAGCACGCCUGCUACGGUGGCGACGUGGUGAUGGGUGGUGCCGCCGCUGAUAUUGACGGCGACGACGCCAUAAGGAUCUCGCCAGUGACGCCACCUGCUGCUGCUCAUCAAAUGAUGAAGAGAAAGAACGAGGCGAAGAAGGUGGUGUGUAUCCCGGCGCUACCGGCGACAAGCAGCCGGCCAGGAGGAGAGGUGAUUCCGUCUGAUCUUUGGGCGUGGAGGAAGUACGGCCAGAAACCCAUCAAGGGCUCGCCUUACCCAAGAGGUUACUACAGAUGUAGCAGCUCCAAGGGGUGUAUGGCGAGGAAGCAAGUGGAGCGCAACCGCAGUGACCCGAACAUGCUGGUGAUCACCUACACAGCAGAACACAACCACCCUUGGCCAAUGCAGCGCAAUGUACUUGCCGGAUACUCCCGCCCUCACACUCAAGUGACCACCAAUUGCAAGAAGAAGAACAGCUGCAGGGUCGAUCCGACAAGUUCCUCGUCAUCGUCAUCAAAGAACGUCAACUAUUAUUCCAAGCAGAAUGAGAUCGUGGAUGGCGACCUUGGCUGCCAACAGCCGACAACGAACGCGAUGGAAGGUAAUGCGUCUGGGUAUGGUGCCUACACCAUCAGUGCUCUUGGCAGGGAGGGUGUUGUGAUGCAUGAGCCGACCAGUUGCGAUGGCAUCCAAGCUGCAGAUGAGGUUUUCGCAGAGCUGGAGGAAUUGGAUCCUAGUAAUAUUCCUGUGAAUGCAAACAUCUACUCUAGAGGGGUAAGUUACGAGUGGCACAAGUUCUGAUCGAUCAAGCAGGCCGAAAGGUAUAAGCAAGGCUACAAUAUAUGGCACACAUCUGCUCGUAUGACUAUAGGUUACAAGCUAGUACGAUCAAGUUUUACUUGAUUAAUUGGUGUGACAAAAUAAUAUAUCGAUCAUGUGUUUAUGAUUAAUUCACAGCUAAUAUAUAUUUAGAAAAUAAGCAAAAAUAAAACAUAGGCCUCUGUAGUAUUGUUUUCUUCAUCAUUUUAUCCUAUAUAUAUAUAUGCAUGCGUGAAGUUUUUUACCACAUGUAUCUAUUCAGAUUCAAGUAUGCCGUACAUAUGUAUAUUCUGACUGCCUCUUUUUGGGAAGUAUGUGACCUGA